AUGUCUGUGGAAAUUGAAUAUUGUUCUACUGUGAAUACUAAAGAAGAAAUUAUUAAGAAAAGUGAAGAGCUAAAAGAGUGGAUUGAUAAGGCUAUUAAUGAGAAAUGGAAUCCUUUAUCUUAUAAUAAUCCAGAAAUUACUUUAGUAGACCAACCUCAACAAGAGUACAAACACCUUGUAAUGAGUAGUUGUAUUAUCAAUGCCAAUAUCGAAAAAGUAUACGACUUCCUUAUUCAUUCUACUUUUGAAGAACAAAAGAGAUAUGAUACUGACCUUCUUGAAUUUGAACGUGACCAACGUUUUGAAGAUGAGGGGUGUGAAAUAGCACGUGUAUGCUAUAAAGCUCCAUGGCCAGUAACUGCUCGUGAAUUUGUUGGAGUUCAAAAUUGGUUCCAAAGAGAUGGAAAAUACUAUCUUCUUCAAGAAUCAGUGAAUUAUCCAAUUAAAUGGACAGCACCAAAUAAAAAUUAUGUCCGUGGUUAUAAGAAAAGUGGGCUUGUUUUAAAACCACUUGGUGACAAUAAGAUUGAAGUCCAUAGGGUUGUAGUUAUUGAUGCACGUGGAUCAAUUCCUGGAUGGUUAGCUGGAACUGCUAAAAAAGAUGAUGCUGGACGUUUGUUUGAGAUGAAAAAGUAUUUUGAAGCUAAUUUUGCUUAG